ACGGACGACAUGACGUCACUGAUUGCGUGUCAAGGGAAUCAGAAGGAGUCUCUGUUUGUCCCUCUCCGGCCGGCUCUCCUGCUAGGCAAAAGGGAACCAGCCGCCAUGGCGAUGCAGCCGCUCAAGGUCUACGCGGACCGGCGCUCGCAGCCCUCCCGCGCCAUCAUCAUCUUCUGCAGGGCCAACCGGAUCGAUUUCGACGAGGUCACGGUGGAUCUGUUCAAGGCCCAACAUCUCACCCCUGAAUUCAAGAGCAAAAUCAACCCGAUGGGACAAGUGCCAGCAAUUGUUGAUGGAAGAUUCAAACUGUUUGAAAGUCAUGCCAUUUUGAGGUAUCUUGCGUCGGUCUUCCCCGGAGUUCCAGAUCACUGGUAUCCUGCGGACUUAUUUACCAGAGCAAAAAUUGAGUCCAUCUUGGAUUGGCAUCACUCAAAUUUGCGCCGCGGUGCAGUAACCUUUGUACUAAACACCGUCUUGGGUCCUUCUCUUGGUCUUCCGACAAGCCCCGAGGCUGCAAAAGAGGGUGAGAAAUUGCUGGUGCGGUCACUGAGAACAAUUGAAUAUGUAUGGCUCAAAGGUGAUGCAAAAUUCUUGAAUGGCAACCCCCAGCCAUCAAUUGCAGAUCUCAGCCUUGUGUGCGAGAUAAUGCAGUUAGAGUUUGUUGGUGAUGAUAGACGUGACAGAAUUCUGGGACCUCAUGAGAAGAUCCGUACUUGGAUAGAGAAUGUUAAGAAGGCCACCAGCCCUCAUUUUGAGGAAGUCCAUGAGCUCGUCUUUAAAGUGAAGGCACAGUUAUCAUCUGCUCCUCACUUGAAAACAGCAUCGAAGCUCUGAACAGCGAUUCACACCUUUUACCUCGUUGUUGCAAACAAAUGUACUUAUACUACAAGGAAAGAGUAAAGAGUACUUUCGUUGUAUGAAUGUAAGAAAAUCUAUCAUACUCAUUUAUAUAAAUAGUAGGUAUUUCCUGUGAUGUUUCAGCAUUUACUCAACAAGACUGAUGUAUGCAUACAUUGAUUUCAUCACGUUACAAAGCAAAAGGGGCUUAUUCCA